GGAGCCGGUGACUCUCCCCCUGAUAAAGACGCAGGAGACUGUCUGGAUGCUCGGCACAUCCCGGAGAUCGGACCUGAGAGGUGCUGCUGCUGCUGUCCGCUGUCAGCCUGCAGCCGUGUGACCGAGCUGCUCUCCGAAGCCCAACAACAGCAAAGGAAAACAACGACAAACAAACAUAAACAGGUGGCGUUGUGCUUGACAGAUGAUGGCCCUCUCCUGGAGUCUGCUCCUGGCGUUGCUGGUCGCUGCCCUGGCACUGUCGCACAGCGCCGAGCAUGGAGCGCCUCAUGGCAAGAGGAGGCAAGCACAGACCUCAGCAGGUGGCAACAAUGCCCUGCAGUACCCUCUGCAUGGUCUGCAGGCCCAUGGUUACAGCAGGGAGCGCGGAGGGCACGGCGGCCAGGGGGCCCGCGCUGCCAAAGGUGGAGCUGGGCUGCUCUCUCACAGACCCCUGCACCCACUGGCUAGGCCUGAGGAUGAUGGGACAGGCCUGGAGGGUCUGAGCCCUGUCAGACUAGAGAUGGGUCCAGGCAGGGACAGAGACAGAGUCCGAAUGGGUGUGAAGAGUCCAUCCCAGACUCGAGAAAAUAACCUCCUGGGGACACGUAAGGGGAGAGGGCAUGGACACGGGAAUGGACAUGGGCACCACUUUGAACACAGGAGGCAAGGGAGCCGACGUGACAAGGGGCGGCAUAGAAAAGGGUUUCCUCCAGAGCCUGAGCUGAGCUCUGCGUUGAAGGGCAGAGAUCUAUUCGAGGAUCCUCCCUCCUCCUCCUCUUCUGCCCCCUCCCCCUCCCUCAGCACGACCCCACCCAGCGAACCCCCCUCCCCCCUCGUUGGCGUCUUUGGCUCCAGCUCCUCCAUGGUUACCACGGUGAUGAACAAGCAUCCCCCAACGCUGCCUCCGGCCUCCACCAAACCCCAGAGGUCUGGACGUGGAAAAGGACAAGGAGAGGUGAUGCCAACGCUGGACAUGGCGCUGUUUGAUUGGACUGACUAUGAGGACAUGAAACCUGUGGACACCUGGCCAUCCUCCAGGAAGAAAGACAAGAGGAGGAGUAAGAACCUCAGCAGCGGAAACGUGACUGCAGAUGCCGAGGCAAUCGAGCCAUGUGACCACCACCUGGACUGCCUGCCAGGUUCUUGCUGUGACCUGAGACAGCAUGAGUGUAAACCUCACAACAGAGGCCUCAACAACAAAUGCUACGAUGACUGCAUGUGUGAGGAAGGGUUUCGUUGUUAUGCUAAAUUCCACCGGAAGCGACGUGUGACCAGGAGGAGGGGUCGCUGUGUGGUGCCAGAGUCAGUGAGCAGUGACCAAGGGGGCUUCAUCACUAUAUGACGAGGAGGAGGACAAGAUGGAGGACUGACAUGAAGAACGACCCCAUGACCACUCUGACAUAGAUGACAGGACAGCCAAGACACCACAUGACAAUAAGUACUUAAAGGUGACGGCUUGCUGGUUUAUUAGAUCAACUCCACAAUAUAAAUCACCCAGAGGCCAAAUCUGAUCAGUUAGUGUUAAUUAACAGGUAACCAAACAGGUAAUCCUGAGAAUGUUGCAUUGUGGGAUUAACCAUGCACCCUAAUCCAGUUAAUGAGUCUUAAUUCUGCUUUGUUCACUUUAGCAUCACUGCAUGAAAAGGGCCUUUCCAAAAUCACCCAGUCCGCAGUAAGAAAAUGUGUUUUUAUCUGCUUAUAAUUGUUUGAAAUGAUACAGUCAGCAAGCAACACAUUACUGAAUAAAAUGCUCAUAUGCCGAGUAAAAUUUGAAGAUGUCAGAGAGAUUAAGUGCUAACAUUUGCUACUAUUACGAUUCUCAUCGUUAUGGUUUCAGUUUAGGAAAAAGCAGAAUUUGAGAGUUUUGAGAAACCUCUUUGUCAAAUGUCAGAGUCUGUUCUGCAUCUGAUUGUCUGUGUCUUGCUGACCUGAGUCAAAUACCGUUAAAAAUAAUUUUUAAUAUUGGUUUAAUGUCUUUGGAGUCCCUGAUCGGUGCUUUUUACAGCCUAGACACCAUUCAUAUUGAGUCAAGUAACUGAAAUACUUUCCUGGCCUCCAAACAAUGGUUCUCCAAACAAUGCUGAAAAAUUAUUUGUAACUGCUAUUUGUCUGCUAUCCUGUAUUGUAAAUAUGAAUGUGUUUCAAUCGCCAUUUUUUUAAUUGAUGCCACGAUUCGUAAGUACUUAACGGUAGUAUGAUAAACAAAGAUGCUUGUUGGACUUUCCAUUUUACAUGUCCUAAUAUAUGUUUUAUUUAUUCUGUAUUCAACAUGUUUGUCUAUACAGUGUGUUUUUCUGCCUUUUUUGUUUCCAUGAUUAAACACUUACUAGGAUGAA